AAACACAAACUUUGUUCUAGUCAAUAUUUAAUUAUUCGGUGCUCAAUAAUAUUACAAAUAGUCACGACAAUGGAUACCAGUAGUAGUGGUUUUGAAAGUUGGAAUGAGGACUCCUUUGAUGCGACAAAUGAGCCAAGUACCUCGUCACUCUUAUCAGAAGAAGAAGAUAAUAAUGAAGAUGUUAAAAGCAGGAAGAGAAAGUACAACUAUGUACAAAAGGAUCCAAACGAGAAGAGAGUUAAAGGUCAGAGAUUCGAUCCUAUUGUGAUUUGCAAUGAGACAAAAGCAAAUGGGAAAUUAUGUUUAGAAGAAAUUCGACAAUCAUGCAUGUCCCCCCAUUAUAAGCUCAAUCACGGAGAAGAAGAAAUUAAGAAAAAGAGGAAGACCGACAACUUUUUUAGUGCUUGUAAAUCCAAAGAGAACAAAUGCAUUGCCGAGAAAAUCACUUUUUUCCAACUUGACCAACAAGCUAAGAAUAAGCCCAAAACUUUCCCAAUUCUUCCAACUGGUACAGAACCAAAGGGUGACCAAGACUUAUUUCUGAGACCUCAGCUAUUCAAGCCAAGAAGUAUGAGGAGUCGCAAAAAGUGGACAGGAGUGCGUAUCAUGGAACGGUGAUCUGCCAAUUCAAACCUCCGGAUGAUAAGCCAGAGAUGACCAUGAAGGAAAUGAUGGAUAGAUACGAACAUGACCCCAGUUUCGAGUCUAAAUGGUUUUAUGACGUUAGCAGCGAAAAAGGCCCAUGUUAUUCCACCCAUCUUAGGAAGAACUCCACGUCUCCAGUCACGGAAGCGGAUCUCGUUGACAAGUGGUCAACUUUUAUAAUGCGAAUUAAGUUUGGUGACGGAAAAGCAGACAGUAAGACGACCAAACAUGAAAAUUUUCGAGCUGCGAUGAACUGGCAGCACCCUUACUGCGUGUUGGCCCAUUAUAAGAGAGUUCAUGGAGUUGGUGGAGGGACAGGCAUGAAGAUAACAAUGAUGAAUCAGAAAGUGUCCCAGAAAUCCAACUUUAUUUGUGCCUUAUCGCCAGAGGAGGAUAAGAAGAUGGUGAAUAUCGCCGUACAUGGCACACAAAUAUAUUAUCCUGUGCAAAAUUAUGAGGAUCUUCUUUGGGAGAAAUUUACAUUCCCAAAGACAACGACUGUUUUAGUUAAGAAAUAACUAUUUUUAUGAACCGUGCUUAAUAUCAACUUUGUUAUUUGGUUAGAUUUAUACUUUGUCAAUAAAGUUAUUAUUGACCUCAA